CUCGGGAAUGCUCAGCCUCUGAUAAACUUACUACAAAGAGGCUCGCGGCACAGCAUCAACGUCGAGAUAAGACGCAUCAUAUGUCCUGUACUGUACCUGUACUUGUACGCCUAUCGCCCAACUACUAUAAUUCCCAAUAACCUUAUUUCCAAUAAAUGUCACGGUAAAUCUCUGCCAUCCAUGCGUGCGUGCCACCCUCGCGUACCACUCCCUCCCACGACAACUCGCACUACAGGUACAGCCUUGCUCCUGUGAUGGAAGACAUGGCUUCCAUUUCUCCCCCAAACCACCAGUCUAUCGACAACGGAAAUGGGAAUGGGCAGGCGUCGAACACCAAUACCACCGGUGCUGUUACCUCGACUAGUACCCCUCGAUCACGCAAAGUCGCCUGCGAUAUCUGCAGAGAGCGCAAAGCACGAUGUGAUCGUAACCAGCCUAGCUGUGGCAGAUGCAUUCGAUUUGGGAAUAAAUGCAAAUACUCCCCCUCCCCCUCGGAAAGAAACGAAGCGGGAAAGUUUGACGUAGCGCAUGCCUUGGAGACGCUAAAUUCACGGCUAGGUAUAUAUAUAUCCAUAUAUUUUUUGAAUCCUCUGCGUACAAAACCCGUACAGAAUCCCAUAUAUACCCUUUGAUCCAUUGAUGUUCAUAGAAAUACAUAAAGAGCUAACUCAUGCGUAUUAUUGUAGCACAAGCCGAAGCGAAGCUUGCAGUGCAACACCAACAUCAGCAUCCGCAGUCGGAUAUAAACCAGGCGGCGCCGUGGUCUGACUCCUUGUCUCGGCUGGAUUUCGACUUCAACUUUUCGCAGUUAAACACAGGUGGGGUGGAUAAUGGGGUUAUGAUCUGCUCUGCCGGGCCGGAUGAAAGUCUGAACGCCUUUUCCCACAUAGAUUUCCACGAUCCAAUUUUUGCGCAGGUGAUGAAUGAUUCGGAUUGGUAAGACUUCACGUCAUUCGUGUUGGUCAAAGUUGGAAGAUUAUUCCCAUACUGACGUUGUAUGGCGCUAGGCAAAACUGCACUAUAGACACGGACAUCGACAUGACUGUUUCCUUGAAGGAUCCUAGUUCAAGCUCCUCUUGGGAAACAAGUUUACUUGGUAAUCCUCAAAUGGUAUCAACGGACCCUAGAGAGCCAUGUUCAUCAGAAGUAAUGUUCACGCUGUAAGCAAGCUUCCAACCUGACUUGAAUACUUUAUCUGACAUAAAUGUUGCCAGUUUCGAACAGUAUUUCGACAUCCUACAUCCUUUAAUUCCCAUUCUGGACCGUGAUCGCUUCACCCGAGCGCUGAAUGAUCCAGCUAAGCAAUGCACUCUCCAAUUCAAGAGCCUCACAUAUGCCGUUGCCAUGCUUGGAGCUUCGGUUUCAGAGAAACACACCUACUUAGAAGAGGAAUUAUACUCCUCAUCGCGCACCUACUUGGAAAUUACUGAGACCCAAGAUAAAGGAGCCAACUUUUGGACGUUGGAAGCACUUCAAACCUGUGUUUUGACAAUUUGGUAUGAGUUUAAGGGAACAGGAUUUGCAAGGGCUUGGAUGUCUCUUGGUCGAGCUGUAAGACUUGGAAAGAUGGUGGGACUGCAUAGAAUAGACCGAAGUGAACCAAUGAAAGAGACGGACAGCUUCCAGCUUCCACUCCCAGAAACAGAAGACCAGGUGGAGUUGGAAGAGAGGAGGAGGACCUUCUGGGUGUUAUUUAUUUUCGAUGCCUACGCAAGUGUAAGAACGAAUUCUCCCAUGUCGAUUUGCGAGUCUGAGGUAUGUAUCCCAACUUUUUGAUGCUGUUAAUCAGGUAAUACUUUCGUAUUUUACAUGUUAUUUACUCACAAAUCCAGAUAUCUAUCACAUUACCAGCUGCUAGCUUUCCGCGAGGAACGGAUUCCUCGACGCCAAUGCCAUUCCUCCAAAAAUUAUCAGAUAUCACCGAUAAACACCCUAUCUCCCCUUUCGCUGGCAUAGUCCUCAUGAUCUCCCUACACUCUCGUUGUCUCCCACACUUCCAGGCUUCCAAAGAACAAGAUUUGUCAGGCUCGCAGGCUUAUCCUUUCUGGGUCCAGCAUUACAGUCUCGACAAGAAGUUGAAAGAAUGUGAGAAUCAUCUGAUGGGACACAUGACUGAGCUCCAACCUCUUGCGCUUGCCCUCCGGCUGAAUUUGUGUGCUGUUGGAAUAUCACUUCACGAGGUUGCGAUUGCCAAGGCACAGAGAGAGAAUUUGCCCAAGAGCUUGAUUACGGAGAGUGUGAACCGACUGAUAUCAGCAGCAAAUCAAAUGGUGGACGAUCUUCGGAUUGUGCCAAAUAUGUCUGCCAAAAACGUAAGCUCCCUCUUAAACCCCUUACUUAGGGAUCUUUUGAAACUUGAAACUAAUCUACGAUGGAUAUAGUUCAAGAUGUGGCAACACACAAGCACAUUCCUCAUGUGGCCUCUCUCCAAAGCGGCGGAGGUCCUCAUGGACCAAGUUAAGGCCUCCCACGGCGAUAUAGAAAAUAACAUUGCGUCGUUGCAACUGGUGCGUAAUGUAAUGGGUGAUUUUAGGGAUCCUAGUGGGCAUUGGAGGGGCAAGAUGAGUGAGGUUACGCUGCUUUUGGCGGAGAAGAGGAACGGGCCUAGGAAGAGGAAGAUGGGAAGUCUUGGGAGGGCACCUACCGUUUCCCCGAAGGAUGGUACUAUGGAGUAUUAAAUGAUGUAUAUGCCGUUUCUCGAUAUCAUUUUGGGUUUGUGGGUAAAAGCCGGGUUAUCUUUGCAUGGACCUUAAUAUUAAUCUCAAAUUAGCUGGGGAUAUCAAAUAUAAUCUAUAUUUACA